AUGGCGAGCGCCGGCGCCUCGUCCAUCUCGGUCACUGUGCGCGUCCGUCCAUUCACUAUACGCGAAGCUGCGCAGCUCACCAAGACCGACGACUCGACACUGUUCCUUGGAGAAGGUUCGCUCGCCGCUGCGCCGACCCCGCGGAUAAGCUCAAAGGGGGGCAUCAGGCCUGUCAUUAAGGUUCUUGACGAGCGCUGCCUGAUCUUCGACCCUCCGGAGGACAACCCGGUACACAGGGCUGGUCGCUCGUACGCGCCUCAGGGUAAGCGUGUGAAGGACCAGACAUUCGCUUUUGACCGAGUCUUCGACGACACCACAUCACAGGCCGACAUCUACGAGUCGACCGCAAAGCCACUGCUCGACAAUGUGCUCGACGGGUACAAUGCAACCGUGUUCGCAUAUGGCGCUACAGGAUGUGGAAAGACACAUACUAUCACGUACGUCGACACUGGAACCCCAGGCGAUCCGGGUAUCAUUUUCCUGACGAUGCAGGAAUUGUUUGAGAAGAUCAGUGAACGAUCUGAGGAGAAGGUUACAGAGGUCACGCUGUCUUAUCUGGAAAUCUACAACGAAACUAUUCGUGAUCUCUUGGUAGAGGGCGGCAGCAAGACUUCUCUGAUGCUACGAGAAGACUCCAAUCAGGCAGUCUCAGUGGCAGGCCUGACCAGUCAUCGACCUACAGAUGUCAACGAGGUCAUGGAGAUGAUCGUCCGCGGCAACGACCUACGAACAAUGUCCCCCACCGAAGCCAACGCAACCUCGUCUCGAUCGCACGCUGUUUUACAGAUCAACGUCUCGUCGAAAGACCGCAACGCCUCCGUAAACGAACCACACACAAUGGCCACCCUCAGCAUUAUCGAUUUAGCAGGCAGUGAGCGCGCUAGUGCUACAAAGAACAGAGGCGCGCGUCUGACCGAGGGUGCAAACAUCAACAAGUCUUUACUGGCUCUCGGAAGUUGCAUCAACGCCCUGUGUGACAUCCGGAAACACAAUCAUAUCCCCUACCGCAACUCGAAACUGACACGGUUGCUCAAAUUCUCUCUCGGCGGCAAUUGCAAAACUGUCAUGAUUGUCUGCGUCAGCCCGUCAAGCGUUCACUUCGAUGAAACACAGAACACUCUCCGCUACGCCAAUCGCGCGAAGAACAUUCAGACCAAAGUCACGAAGAACGUUUUUAAUGUGAACCGUCACGUCAAAGACUACCUGAAGAAGAUCGACGAGCAAAGAGCAUUGAUUGACGAGUUGAUGAGGAAGCAGAAGGACUCCGAUGGUGCAUCUCUGGCGAAACACCAAAAGCAGAAUGAGAAGAAGGAGGGCAUAAUGAGGGAUGCUUUCAUACGGCUCAGGCAGGCCUACACUGACUCAGAGACCGAUCGCAGGGACAGAUUGAACAUCAUGAGAACUUUGAAGCAUACUGAAAGGCGUAUUUCCCUGGUGUCAGCAUGGGUUGCAGCGUUCGACACAGUCUCCGAGAUGCGCGACAACGAGGAGAUGCCUUCACAGAUCACUGCCAUGAGGGACACAGCUAUUGGUAUUUCAGCAGAGCUCGAGCAAUCUCGACAGCACCAUCACAGACGGCUCGAGCGAUCAACAUGGGCUUCCAAGCUCGAUACUGCGCUCAACUUCGGCUUGAGGCAAUUGACAGAAUUGGACGGAAUCACCGACGGGCCCGACGCCGCGAACUUGACGAGAGAAUACCAGAUCCUGAAGUCCAACGCCGAACGCGAGGUUUUGAGUGUUUUGCUCGAGCAAGAAAGAGGGGGCGACGCAGCCACAGUACAAGUGCUCGUACAGGCUCACAUCGAGACUGUGUCCAUCUUGAGCCAAAUCACGCAGAUGGACGAGAGUCAGGCAGUCGAGACUGCAAGAAAACUGCUAGCCAGGAUUAUGAACGCCUGCACCAGUGCAACCGCCCAGGUUAUUCGACCAGACGGCGGUCUACCUGUAACGGAGUUCUUUGCAUCGAGUCACAAGGGGACACCGAAGAGACGAAAGCCGAUCAACGUCAUGGGACCUUCGCCGGUGAAGUCAAUUCCCAUGCCGUCAUUCGCAGAUGCACCACAUCUCACAUCAUCACCCAUGAAAGGCUCGCCACGGCGCAAAAAGAUGGUCGCGGUCAAGAAGGGCGUACAGUUUUCGCCUGUGAAGAAGAGACCAAUGUCACCAUCAAAGGCUAAACGUGGUGUUCGUUGGCGCGAUGAUAACGAGAACGGUACUCUGGCAGACUUUAAGACACCAGAGCACGUCGAGUCAACUCCAAUAAACUCCUCGCUUGACAUGCCGCCUCCAACAUUCUCAACACCCGUUCCCGAGCCGGUCGCCAAUGAUGCUGGGUCAUCGCCCAUCCCAGUGCCGCCAACAACGUCCUUGGACAUCAAGCCUCGCUCUGCAUCUAGCCGAUUCGCAGCAGGGUUUCUUUCAAAGAAGUCUGACGGAUCACCGAUGCCAAUCAGUAGCGCCUACGGUUCAGACUCUGACACGUCUCCUCUUCGUGAGAUCGGAACAAAUACAGUUCGUCCUUCGGCACUGAGCAAUGUUGAAAUUGCUUCAGAGGCUCUGACCUCCGGGAACGACAGUGGCAACAACUCUGCCGCUGAAGAAGACGGUUGGUCCGUCGAUCCCUCAGAGGCAAACCAGAUUCGGACGGCUAUCAAGCGCCGUUCUUCUACCACAAAAGCUCUGCCAGCAGGCAGGACACAGCGACACCGCAGCCCUAGUUCCGUUUCCUCCAGCCCGCCGAAUGAAAACAGCAUAUCCGCUGGCGCAGCACGUCGUAUGGUAAAGAACAACCACGAAGGCGAGUGGAAGCCCAGCGUCCUCAGCCCUCGCUCUGCGCCCAUUUUUAAGGGUCCUGCGCGUCGCACGACGGUCGCGGUAUCUAGCGAGGACCGACCCGCAGCUGGCACGCUCAACCGGGCGCCAAUACGAGUUGUUAGCAACUCCUCGGUCCGGGGCAGUCUUGCAUCAGGUGCUAAGGGUGUCUGGCGCUGA